AUGUCAGCCAGAAAGGGCUAUCUGCUCUCUUCGCCAAAUUAUUCCACGACAAUGGCAUGCUCGGAGGGCCCCGCUACAAACUCUUUUUUGGUGGAUUCCUUGAUAAACUCAGCUUCGGGAAGAGGGGAAGGAGGAGGAGGAGGUGGCGGAGUUGCAGGAGGAGGAGGAGGAGGAGGAGGCAACGGCGGUGGCUUCUAUCCCAACAACAGUGGUGUCUACCUGCCACAGGCGUCCGAUCUGUCCUAUGGGUUGCAAAGCUAUGGACUUUUCCCGGUCCUGAGCAAACGCAAUGAAGGUCCAUCUCCAAGCAUGGUCCCCGCUUCCCACACUUACAUGUCAGGGAUGGAAGUCUGGCUAGAUCCCCCAAGGUCCUGUCGCCUGGAAGAACCCGAAAGCCCGCAGGCUACCUCCUGCUCCUUCGCUCCAAAUAUUAAAGAGGAGAACUCCUACUGCCUCUAUGACUCUGACAAAGGCCCCAAAGAAGCCACAGCUACCGACUUAUCGACUUUCCCAAGGCUAAACUCUGAGGUCUGUUCCAUGAACAAUGUGACCACCGGGGUGCCUGUCCCAGGUUACUUCCGCUUGUCUCAAGCUUAUGGCACCACGAAGAGCAGCAGCAGCAGCAACAACAGCAGCAGCAGCAGUAACAACAACCACCAGCACCACCAGCACCACCUCCCAGGGCAAGGAGUUGCUGCUUCCCAGUUUCCCCCGCAUCCUCCAGUACGAUUUGACACCCCUCCGGUCUUGCCUCCGGCGCUCCCCCCUCCCGACCAGGGGAGAAAAGAGGAUGAAGAUUCUUCUCCACCUAGCACUUUGGUCUGCGUUUCCCAAAGCGGGGAAGAAGAAGGGCAGGCUUCUUCCGCGGCAGAGGAACUCUCGCCCACGCCUUCCGAGAGCAGCAAGCUUUCCACGGAGAAAGAAACCCUGGGCAGCUCCAAAGGAGAGAACGCAGCCAACUGGCUAACCGCAAAAAGUGGCAGAAAGAAACGGUGCCCUUAUACCAAGCACCAGACCCUGGAGCUGGAAAAGGAGUUUCUUUUCAAUAUGUACCUGACUCGUGAGCGUCGCCUAGAGAUCAGCCGCACAGUCCACCUAACAGACAGACAAGUGAAAAUCUGGUUUCAGAACCGUAGGAUGAAACUCAAGAAAAUGAACCGGGAGAACCGAAUUCGGGAGCUCACAGCCAACUUCAAUUUCUCCUGAUGAACCCUACCGGCGCAUUGUUUGUGGUCUAAACAGCCAGGACCGUUUUUCACCCCCCCCCAAACCACCCACCCAAAUCCCAGCGGCUUUAGCUACUAACUAGCACCUCUAUGGAUUUGAACCUUCUUAUCACGUUCUCAACCUCUCUCCAGAGCAUCUUCAUAAAUGAUUUUGUUGGGAUAAAGCCAUAACGAUAUACAGGACGCCAUCCCUCCUACUGCCCUUAUUUUCGCUCUAGGGUUCGGGCUCCGAGAAGUAGUUUUUUUCCCAGAACCUUAGAGGUCUCUCCCCCAUCUCCUUUCAGAAAACUGAGCCAAACCUAGCUGAAGGUAAAUAGUAUCUUCCCCUUAACACAUAUAUACCCCUAAACCC